AUGGCAAGGAAGCCACUCAUAAGUUUCCUGCGUCUACGAGCGUCUAUCGAGACGCAGCUUAAGAUAGAGGAGGCGCUGUUCCGUGCCGAACAGCAGCGAAAUUGGUUUAUUUACAAUGACGGACACUUACAAAAGACUAUCGUCAUGGGUAUUUCUGGCAAACCGGAACAAUUGCUACACCAAGAUGCCGUCAAGCGAGACGGUAUUCCUGUGCUUAAGCGUUUUAGUGGCGGUGGAACCGUCAUUGUGGACCACAACACGAUCUUUACCACUUUCGUCUGCAAGCACGAGGACUUUCCCCAUGUGAAGCCCUUCCCACGUGACAUUAUGUCUUGGUCACAAAAUUUCUAUUCACCAUUGUUUGCGCGUAUCAGCUUAGACCAUCAAAAAUUUUCGCUGCGAGAGGAUGACUACGUAUUUAACGACCGCAAAUGUGGUGGUAAUGCUCAGAGUCUUUCGAAGGGACGUUGGCUACAUCAUACGUCGUUUCUUUGGGAUUUUGACCCGCAAAACAUGGAGUACCUUACUAAUCCAGCACGUCAACCCAAGUAUCGUCAGCAACGCAGCCAUCUGGAAUUCUUAUGUUCCUUGAAGGACAUGUUAAAACCGGAAUGUGCCACUCGCGAGAAGUUCGAAAGUGAGCUAUAUCAACAGCUGAUCCAUGGUUUUGAGAUCGAGAAUGUCGGGCUGAGCGACAUUUUACCAAUACUGAAACGGGAGCAUCGAAAAUCUACACAUUUUCUGGAGCUUUAG